AUGUCGUUGACCAACUCAGGCUAUUCCUAUUCAAAUAUGUCUGAUUUUGACUACACCUUUGCCAAUACUGCCUGCUCCUAUCAGUGUUCCAUUCAGGACGGAGACACCGUACUCGAGGCAGCCCAAUACUUUUCUGCCGCAUGCGUUACCGAGUGGCUCCAGCGAAACCCAAGUGCCAAGGCCACCCUUAUGCUGGAUGGCGAUCGAAUCGAUUUGCCAGUCUAUGCACUUCGACGCAGGAACGCCGUUGUAGCUGACCUACCUGAUGCCCCCAUUGCCGCAUAA